UGCUUGCACCCCAGGAAUGGGGGCCCCAGUAACCCUGGCCUGCCUGCUGCUCCUCCUGCACCUCACAGCUGGGACGUCUGCAGAGCCGCACUAUGUGGUGGUGAGCCCAGCCGUACUCUACCACCCCCACACGGGGACGGUGUCAGUUCAUCUCAGCGACCUCAAAGAGACCGUCCGGGUGAGUGUCCGGCUGGAGAGGGGGGAUGGUCCCAGCGCUAUCACCCUGCUGGAGAGAGAGGUCCAGGAGCCCCGUCUGCACAAGAACGUGCGCUUCCAGGUUCCAGCCCCGUCUGGGGGGCAGCAGGAAGUGGCAGAGCUGCACGUCUCGAUCCGGGGAGAUGCCCUGCAGUUCUCUGAGCGGAAGAAAGUGCUGCUUCGGGCGCUGCAGCCCAGGACCUUUGUGCAGACGGACAAGGCCGUCUACAAGCCGGGACAGACAGUGAAGUUUCGAAUCGUCAGUUUGGACAAAGACUUCGUUCCCAGUACCCCGAAGCUGCCCCUGGUGACCGUGCAGGAUCCCAGUGGGAACCGCAUCGCCCAGUGGCAAGAUGUGACUCCGCAGCAGGGCAUCGUGGAUCUGUCCCUCCCGCUGUCUGCAGAGCCGGCCCUGGGGACGUACGCCAUCGAGGCGCAGGGGACGAGGCACUCGUUCAGCGUGGAGGAAUACGUGCUGCCCAAGUUCGAAGUGACCCUGGAGCUGCCCCCCGUGGUGACGGUGCUGGAUGAGACUCUCCUGCUGCGGGUGUGCGGCCGAUACACCUCCGGAAAGCCCGUCCUGGGGAGGGUCCAGGCCAGCCUGUGUUCGAAGACACACCCAUCACAUCGCUGGUCUCCAUCCGGUUUGUUUAAGGAGCCAAGCUUGACUCUGUGCACGGAGCUUACUGGCCAGACUAAGAGAAAUGGCUGCUUUUCCAGAGAGGUGGGGACGGAUCCUUUGAAGCUGUCCCACUCUGGCUACAGGAUGAGCCUCCAGGCCAAGGCGUCUCUCGUGGAGGAGGAGACAGGGGUGGAGCUCAACGUGACCAAGAGCUGCAACAUCAUGUCUGAAAUCGCUACGGUGACCUUUGAGGAUGCUGACGCUACCUACAAGGCUGGAAUGCCCUACACUGGCAAGGGGCACUUCAAGCAGGUGAACAACAGCGCUGAGUAUGACAGAGUCUCUCCCCGUUACCCGGAUGCCGAUCGUCACCUGACGUCCUUCUACUCCAAGAGCCAGAGUUUCCUGAAGAUCCGCUCGCUGGGAGGGGUGCUGCCCUGCGACCAGGCCCAGCAGCUCCAGGUGGAUUACGUCAUUGCUAAGGAGGCCCUGGGGAAGGGGUCCAGGAGCCUGGAUUUCAUCUUCCUGGUGAGCCCGUCCUGA